GGGAGUGGCCAGUUCUGUGGUAUGGCAGAAAUGACCGGCACAGUGGAUUUCCACAGAGAUAUGGAUUUCGGGCUGCGGCAUAAACGGAGUGGAAGCUUUCCGGUGAAGUGGCACAUCAUAAAGGAUUUGGCAAACUUGAAUUUUUUUAAGCUCACCAUAUUGCACAACAAUGACAACAGAGACAUACAAAGGAUAAGUUGGAAGAGAGGUCUGCGGAUGCUCAACCUAUUCAAGCGUCGUACGUCGUCAACGACACCCCUACUCGAUGUCUUUAUGCAGGAAGAGGUAUAUAGGUAAAUGCUGUGAUGAGAGGAGGUUUAUGAGAUGUGAAGGUGGAUUUGAUUUUGGAUGGUUUGUGUUUUUGUUUGAAAUGUUGUUGACAAAGUCCCUUGGUGAUCACUCUGAAAUCUCUAUAAUACUAGUAUAAUAAAGGAUGUUUUCCCCUCUA